AUGCAUUCCAAGAAAGUUCUCAUUAUCCUCAGCGAUGCGCACUCCUUCCCGCUGAAAAGGACUAGCGGACAGGAUGCUGGCAAGGUUGUCGAUCAGCCUUCAGGAGUCUUCCUCCAAGAGCUUGCAAAGCCGUUAAACAAAAUACUCAGUGCAGGCCACGAGGUCACAUUCGCCUCACCAAAAGGCCAUGAACCUGGCUUGGACCCAAGCAGCGAAUCACUCAUCGCAAAUGCGGGCAAUUUCUACGAACGUCAACGCGGAAAUAACCUUAUCGACCGUAUGAAGCGUGAAAACGGGUUCAAUAGCCCGCGACCAUUUAGCACUAUCAGCAACAAUGAGUUGACCACUUUCGCGGCUGUCUUCAUCCCGGGCGGACACGCACCACUUCAAGAUCUGGGAGGAGAUGCAGAGCUCGGGCGAAUUCUACGUUAUUUCCACGAGGAGAAUAAGCCCACGGCUGUGAUUUGCCAUGGGCCUUAUGCGCUGUUGAGUACGAAGAAGGCAGGAGAUGGGUCGUUUGUUUACGAUGGAUAUAAAAUUACGUCCUGGAGCGAUGCGGAGGAGAAUCUUAUGGAGACAUUAUGGGGUGGCGAGGUUGAGAAAGUUGAGUCGACGUUGAGAAAGGAAGGAGCAAUAAUGGUUGAAGGUGUACGUGAAAAGACUGGUGGUACCACAUUGCAUCGGGAGCUGGUGUCUGCAGGUAAUCCUUUGGCGGCAAACGCCCUUGGUGAUCGGUUUCCUCGAGGCAUGGGCCCACCCGAUGGACCUGGAAGCAUUUCACUGAAGCAGGAAGGCCUCGACAAUGGGGAUACCAUGAACCCAUUUGUGAACGACCCUGGCAAGAGUAAAAAGGGCGAGGGCGAGACGGACAGUGUGAAAGUAAAGGGAACCGUUAGAACGGAUCGACCUCAAGUGUGA